AUGUUGUACAAGCACACUAGAUCACAAAAGCAACCAAGAAGCCUUAACCAAAGAAGUCAUCCCGAAAAGGGCUUGGAAGAUGCCGCCCUAUUGCCUGAACAUUUGAGCAAGGUUAGUCUUUCUAAUAGUAGUCAAGACGUUGAUCCAACAUUACAUGCACCUCAUAUUCAUUACAGUGUUCCUGAACAUGGUGUUCCUGAACAGAAGGCUUACGAUUUAAUCCACAACGAAUUGACCCUUGAUGGUAAUCCACAUUUAAACUUGGCAAGUUUUGUAAAUACUGAGUCUACAGAUUUGGCUAAAAAAUUAAUCAAUGAGAAUGUUAACAAGAAUUUAGCCGAUAACGAUGAGUAUCCACAGUUAAUCGAACUUACUCAAAGAUGUAUUUCUAUGAUCUCACAGCUAUGGAAGGUUAACGAGAAUGAUGAGCCAAUUGGUUGUGCCACUACGGGUUCCAGUGAAGCCAUUAUGCUUGGUGGUCUUGCCAUGAAAAAACGUUGGGAACAUCGAAUGCGCGCUGCUGGUAAGCCAAUUGAUAAGCCCAAUAUUAUCAUGUCAAGUGCAUGUCAAGUUGCUCUCGAAAAAUUUGCACGUUACUUCGAAGUUGAAGCCCGUGAGGUUCCAGUUAAUGCACAUUCUCACCAUUCUUUGGAUCCAAAAAAUCUAUGGGAUUUUGUAGAUGAAAAUACUAUUGGUAUCUUUGUCAUCCUGGGUACCACUUACACAGGUCAUUUUGAAAGUGUGGAUGCAACAGCUGAGGUUCUUUCCCAAAUUGAAUCUCAGCAUCCAGAAUGGUCCAACAAGGAGAUCCCUAUCCAUGUCGAUGGUGCUUCUGGUGGAUUUGUCGUCCCAUUUGCCUUUUCUGAUAAACAAAUGGCCACUAUUAACAAUGGUAAUUGGGGUUUUAACAAUCCAAGAGUCGUCAGUAUGAAUGCAUCUGGUCACAAGUUCGGAUUGACCACACCAGGUCUAGGUUGGGUUCUAUGGAAGAGCGAAGAUUAUUUAGCCGAGGAACUAAGAUUCAAACUGAAAUAUCUCGGUGGUGUAGAAGAGACCUUUGGUCUCAAUUUCUCAAGACCUGGUUUCCAAGUGGUUCACCAGUACUUCAACCUCGUUUCACUCGGUAAGCAGGGCUACCAGGAUCGCUUUAACAAAUCAUUAUUCGUUGCACGUACGUUCUGCCAUGCCUUACUACACAACGAAACUUUCCCAGGAGCUUUUGAACCGGUUAGUAGUAUUCACCAGCGUAUUAGUGAUGGUUCCACCCCACAACAUCCACAAGACUACUGGAACCACCCUGAGCUUUACACGCCUGGUGUUCCACUGGUCGCUUUCAAGUUAACUUCAGCAUUCCAUAAAAAGUAUCCAGAGAUACCCCAGAGCGUAAUUUCAGGUCUCUUGAGAGCAAGAGGCUGGAUUAUCCCCAACUACCCACUACCAAAAUCAACGGAUGGUAGUGACAAGCAAGAAGUGUUAAGGGUCGUGUUCAGAUCCGAAAUGAGUCUAGACUUGGCUUUGAUGUUGCUUCAGGACAUUGAAGCUGUCCUGGGUAAAGCUAUCAGAUCCUACAAGGCUAUUGAGUCAAGUGUCGACCAAAUGAACUCAGAAGGUGCCAAGAACCUUAUUUACAAGAUGCUGAACAGCUUGACUACCCCAGAUAGUGGUGAGGACGAUAAUGACGACGCUGACGAAGGGGAAAAGAAGCAGAGACGGGAAGCAAGACUUGGCAACGAGCACGACCACGUGCACAAGAACUACAGAGGUACCUGUUAA